CACAGCCGAGCCCAUGGCCGUAUGGCUUUUAUAGUAUGGCCGGGACGUGACUAUUCGCUGUCCACCAUCCACAGAAGUUCGUACGUCCUCUGGGCGGCGGUCAGGGGAAUGUGCUCAAGUUCCGCGCCUCUCGUGUGCUUUUUUGCAUGGGCUCAGUCCGGUACGACUUAAGUUCGCUCGUUCCUCACGCAGCGCCUGCCAUAAGACACCCACAUCCCUACGGUAAACAUGACGCCGUCCGAACCAGACAAUUGCCUCACCGCUCCUCCUCCUAGCCAUCGCCCCCGGUGGUGCCACCAAGCCGACCCACUCUUGAUCUACAGCGGCUCUCUCGCCAUCAUAGUGGGUAGCGUCUGGCUUGCUGAUUCGUUUCGUGUCAGAGACCCAACCGAAGGACGCUCCAACAUUUUUUCGCUUCUUAUCGUUCGGCAUUGCCUCCGCUACUGCCUGCACAUGUACCACUCGAGCCACAAUCCGCGUCGCAUGCGCUGCUUUGCUUCACGCUCUAUCCGACAACGGGCAUUCUAUGUCGUUGACUUUCAGUACGAAGGAAGCCCUAAUCGUAGGCAUGGGUAUCAAAUGCUCUCAUGCAUUAAUGGGACCCAAUUGUGCGAAACGCGACUUCUUUGGUUCUACUCGCAGCGGCAUAUUUCUGUCAGCGUUUCGUGAUUCGGGGAGCAGUCGAUCGGUAUAUGCCCUUUGGGGUGACGGCAUUGAGUGGCGCAUCUACCGGAAGAAUCGGACAACGCUGUGCGCAAGAUUGGCUUGGAGGAAGUGCGGAUCAAGUUGCGAGGUAUGCCUGCUGUCAAAGCAUAACUGGGGAGGUUGCACCUUCGA